AUGGCUGAGGAAGAAGGCGAUGAUGCACUCACUCAAAUGAUGGAAAUUACAACUUGCGACGCCGAUACAGCUCGCGAAUAUUUAGAAAGAUGUAACUGGAAUGUCGAGACUGCUGUUAGACACUUCUUUGAUGGCAAUGAUUUUGUGAGAGACGAAGUUGUUGGAGAUGAUGAUUAUGAGGAUGAAAGUGACGACGAUGAUGCGAAUGAUAUGGUUGGUAGGAUAAAUGAAGAGCGGCCCAGGGAAAUACCUCAACCCGCAAGACCGAAUAAUCGAGCUGUUGUUCCAGCGUGAGUUUUUUUUUGUAGCAUUCAAAAAUCAAUAUUUUUCGAUGACACCAAAUUAGGCAUGUUUUAGUGUGUGAAACAACACGAAAAAUUGUUUUUCUUGAAUUUUUUAGUUAUAAAAAGUUCAUUUUCAGAUACCACAAUGUUUUCCAACUCUUCGCUCAACUUUUCACAUUACCAGUUCGAAUUCCAAUAUACAUUCUUUCAUUCGUCUAUAAUUGGUUAUUUGGUCGACCUGUUCCGCAAUAUAAAACAAUGCAUGAAUUCAUCGAGUUAAAGCAUCCAGAAUUUAUAGCAAAGAAGUCAUGUUUUUAUCAGCGGAACUUGUCACAACUUCGAACUGAUUAUCAAAUUCACAGUUGGAAAUAUGUUGUUGUUUAUAUUCAUGAUGAAAACGAUGAUAAAUCGUUCUUUAUCAAUUGUUUUGAGUCAAAUAUUUCGAGAACAAUCUCUGAAAAUAGUGGAGUUUUAUUUGGAACUAUUGUUGGAUCAGAUGAGGCUAAUCGAUGUGAGUUUUUUUUCAGAUCUUGCGAUUUACAAUCAGAGAAUUUUUCAGUGAGACCAGAUAACUUUGGAUUGCGGAAAUCGUGUGUUUUGAUCUACACAAUUCAACGGAACACUUUGAAUAGAAAAUUGAUGAUCACAAAUCUUGAUGAUCCGGAAGCAGUGAAUCGUAAUAUUAUAAUGACACUUCUUGAUAUGAUUUCAGAUGAAGCAGAAAGAGAAGCUAGAAGGUUUGUUGGUUUUAUUCUAAAUCUUUUCUAUUAACUUUUUUCAGAAAUGUUCAAAACGAGAAUCGUCGUUUGAUGGAUAUGCAAAAUCGUGAAUAUCAAGAAAGUUUACAACGCGAUCUUGAACGAAUUGAAAGAGAAAAGGCGGCAAAAGCUGAAGCUGAACGGCUGAAACUUGAAGAAGAGGAAAAUCUGCGGAAACAAGAAGCGAGAAUAAAGCAGAUUCAAGAUUAUAAAAAUGAAAUGGCUAGUUCAAGUAAACCAACAGAAGGAACUUGUGAUUUAAUGAUCAGAUUUACAAAUGACAAGAAAAUUAUUAAAUUUAGUCCUGACGAGAAAUUAGAGGUAUGUUCAUUUUAUGAAUUUAGACCACGUGUGAAAAAUUCAUAUAUUUUUUUUAGAAAAUCUUCAACGAAGCAAUGGCUUCUGAUAAAUGUCCACUAUUCAUUCAAAUGCAUCUCAGUUUUCCAAAAAAGCCGGUAUCAUGUCUGCCAAAAUGGUAUUUCGAUAUAUUAGAAAUAGAAGAGCUCGAGCCAAAACAAGAAUGUCUUGAUCAAGGAUUAACAUUCGAACAGGCUGGUAUCACACAUGGGUCAUUGGUUUAUGUCGAUAAUCUCUAA